AUGGGAGUUGGAGCUGGUGAUAACAGACUAUUUUAUACUGGACGACCAAUUAUAUUCAAACAUGUAUACCAAGUAGGAGGGGGAGACAAUCCUACAACAGGAGUGUUUACUGCCCCAAAGGCUGGACUCUACCUCAUAUUCAGUGCAGUUGUGGCAGAAUUUCAUGAAACCUACUGGGCACAAAUAAUAAUUAAUGGAUCGGAUAAGGCAGGAAUGAUGGCUUAUUUUGAUUCAGGUGAUUCGUAUGCACACCAAUCAGCCUCCAACCUUGUUGUUCAUCAGUUACAAGUGGGAGACAGAGUAUGGAUACAGAAGCUUCAAGGUUCUACUUUGUACCCACAUUUUGUAGAAACAUCCUUCUUUGUCAUCAUGAUUAAUGGACCAUUCUAA